CUCACUUUUUCCGUAAAACCAUUUUAUCAUGAAAGGAUGGAGUGGAAAUAGUUCGCCUUUAGGUAGCCGGUCACCAACCACUGCUACAUCACCGAGUGGUAAUAAUUCACCUGUUCAGCAUGCAAUUCCACACCCGAUUAUAUUUGUUCCCGCUCAACAACAACCACCUCAUCAAGAAUCUCAACUUCGUUCACCUACUCUACACAAACCCGGUAACGAGCGGGAUAUGCCAAAAUCCGGCCCUAUCAGUCGUUUAAAGAACGCCCCAAGAGAUCAAAUACCCGUCAGUAAAACACCCAGACGUCAAAAAUCCUCUCGUUUUUACACAAAAGAAAAGAUCCAGUUAGAAAGAACUCCCGGGUUUAAUGAAAUUCCACCCCACUUAAGACCUGACUUGUACAUUCAAAAACUACGUCAAUGCAUGGUGAUCUGCGAUUUCUCUGAUCCUUCAUCUGAAUUAUCUGAAAAGGAAAUUAAGCGACAAACUUUACAGGAGUUACUCGAAUAUGUAGGCAUGACACGAGGUGUCCUUACCGCUGAAGCGCCUUAUCCCGAAAUUGUCAAAAUGUUUGCCAUUAAUCUAUUCCGUACCAUACCCCCUCAAGUAAACCCCACUGGCGAUGCCUAUGAUCCCGAAGAAGAUGAGCCUGUGCUGGAAUUAGCCUGGCCUCACUUACAAAUUGUAUAUGAGUUCUUUUUAAGAUUUUUGGAGUCGCCUGAUUUCAACAUUAACUUUGCAAAGAGAUAUAUUGAUCAAAAGUUUAUUCUUCAGUUACUGGAUUUAUUUGACAGUGAAGAUCCAAGAGAACGAGAUUUUUUAAAGACAACAUUGCAUCGUAUCUACGGAAAGUUUUUGAAUUUACGUGCUUUUAUUCGUAGAUCCAUAAACAACAUCUUUUUCCAAUUCAUCUACGAAACCGAGAGACACAAUGGUAUAGCUGAAUUAUUGGAAAUCCUGGGAAGCAUUAUCAAUGGAUUUGCACUUCCUUUAAAAGAGGAGCAUAAAUCAUUCUUGCGACGUGUCUUGAUCCCACUUCAUAAAGUCAAAUCAUUGGUCUUAUAUCAUCCACAGUUGGCUUAUUGUGUCGUCCAGUUUCUUGAAAAGAACCAAGCACUUGCUCAAGAAGUGAUUGGUGGUUUAUUGCGCUAUUGGCCAAAGGUAAACAGUCCAAAAGAAGUCAUGUUCUUAAACGAGUUAGAGGAAGUACUGGAUGUCAUUGACGGAAACGAAUUUCAACGUAUUAUGGUGCCAUUGUUUGUAAAACUGGGUCAGUGCGUCUCAAGCACUCAUUUCCAAGUAGCCGAGAGAGCUCUUUACUUUUGGAAUAACGAUUAUAUUGUUAGUUUGAUGGCAGAAAAUAUGAAUGCUAUCAUGCCCAUUAUAUUCCCUACCCUGUACAAAACAUCAAAGACUCAUUGGAAUAAAACAAUCCUCGGUCUAGUUUACAAUGCAUUAAAAUUGUGUAUGGAUAUUAGUCCCGAGUUAUUUGACGAAUGUGCCAAUCAAUACAAGCAGCAGAGACAAGUGGAAAGAAAGAGACAAAGAGAAAGAGAGGAAAAUUGGAAGAUUUUACAACGUAAAGUAUCCGGUACCAGCGCCGUGACAAUAACAACAACAGCAGAUAACGAUUUUUAUAACUUUUCUUUCCCAUCCAAUUCGAAUUAUGGCGAGGAGGAUGACGAAGAGGAUGACGACGGAGAGGAAGACUUUGACAUAAUGACGGAUGAAGAAACUGACGCUGAAUUAGAGCAGAAUCAUGAAGAGCAUCAUGAUGUGAUUCAUCCUGAUAUGCAACAAUUUGAAUCUGGCGCACAACAAUUCCAACAAUUUAGAAGAAAGUCUAUUAUACCCGUUGAUGAAACUGUAGGCUUCUUUUUUUGUUAUGAGUAUCAUUGUUUCAAUUGAACAUUAACAUAUAUUAUAUAGGUAUUUAAUGAAUUAUCCCGCCAUGUUAGUUUGGACGAAGUGAUGAAUCAAGCACCCGGUGCAGCUUCAUCUUCAGCAUUAAAUAGCCCCAUAGAUAAUUAAACAGAAAAUUAAACUUUACACAUUUCUGGUCAAAAUAAAAAAAAACUCUUAAUUUGGAGAUCAUUCUAAA